AUGUGGGUAGCAAAUGAUACUGUCAACGAUAAGCCAGACACUGGCGCAUGGUGUUGCAAGCCAGACUACAAGGGCGUGUAUCGGGACAAUGGCACCGCCAACUACUUCUGCACGGCGACAUCUAUCUCCACCCUUCAGCUUAGCUACUACUGGGCACAUAUCCUCACUACUACCACAUCAUGCUCUUUGACUGCAACGCAGGUUGGUCUGUCAACAGCUACGUCCACACUUUUAUCCUCGGUUACACCAAACGCAACGUCUGUCGGGACCCGAACAGGCACAGCAUCCAGCACAGGCACCCGGUCUGAGUCGACUGGCACAACAUCUCCGGCCAGCGAAGAGCAGACCGGAAUCCCAAUCGGAGUCAAAGUUGGAGCAGCAGUCGGAUGCGUGGCGGGUGCCGCCCUGAUAGUCGCGGGUAUCCUCUUCAUAAGAAAAAGGAAGCAAAAGACGAUAGAGGGACCAAGAGGAGUUACGCUGACUGGGGAUACGGAAGAGGGACGCGGCAAGCCUGAAGCCAAAUACUUCUAUAAGGGUACUCGGCGCCCAAGUGAGCUGGAGACAGUCGAGCGAACUGUCGAGCUUGAUGGCGCUAGACCUAGGUAUGAGCUUGACGCGACGAGGAAAGAAGACCAAUAUGACGUUGUGUCUCCCAUGAGUAUGUGA